AUGCCAAACGUAACGCCGCUUUUCGAAAAAUAUGUUUCUGUUUUUUCUGAAAACUUAGACGGCGAUCCUAAAGCCAAAAUAGGACAAACUCCAGCGUCGAACGACCACCAGAAGAAGUAUACAAUCAAGGAUGCUUUCAUCAAAGAAUGUUUGGAAGUGCUUAAGCAUGUCUUGGAGCUUCAAAAAGUGGUAAAUUCCAUCAAAACGCAGUAUCAGAGUGAGCAGGACCUUACAGACCGCGAAAAGGACGAAUUCGACACGGAAGUGCGUUUGCUGAUACAGCAGUACUUCGAAAAGCUCAAGUUCUUGGAACAGUAUGAAAAAAAACGACAGGAAUUGGUAGAGAAAAAGUAUCUGAGCCACCCGCAAGGCGAAAUCUCAUCUCUUUUCCGUACCAGGGACGACUCUCUGGUGCUUUUCCACACUACAAAUAACAAGCACAGACAAGGAAUCUUGCAAUCCCUGAAUAUGAUAAUAUCCUCCAUUUUCUCGGACAUAUCAAAAAUGCAACAGCACAGACUUUCACGUCAACGAGAACUGGACUCGAUAGAUUUUAAUGCCCAACUUUACAACCCGACUCACAGCGUUAUCAAAGCUGUCGCUCAGCAUCCUGCAGUCGAAACAACAGAAGAGGAAGUCCGUCAAUAUGAAGAGACCGUUGGUAAAUUAUCCCAAGAACAAUUGCAAAUUUUAGAGGAUGAACACGACGAGCUUUUGAACAUCAAGACCCAAGAGCUUGAAAAAGUUGAAAACUUGAGCAAGACAAUGGUACAGAUUACAUCUCUACAAAAUGAAAUAGCAUCUCAUCUCCAGUCCCAAACACAAAGCAUUUAUUCACUGCUCGACAAUCACGACGACAUAGAAAUGGACAUUCAGCAAGGUAAUCGACAAUUGAAAAGGGCUCAAAGACAUGGCGGGAAAUCGGCUAAACUGAUUGUUUACCUUUCUAUUCUUUUCGGCAUUUUGAUUGUUUGCCUAGACAUCAUCAAUUAA